AUGAAGAUCGACCGAGGUUCUGAAACAACAAGGCUUCUGGUACAGACAAAUGCUCCUCCAUCGGAAAACAACAGUGAACUCUCAAUGAACGCCUCUGACUGUGCACAAGUCAUUGUGCCAGAAGAAAUCUUCUUCACCAUUGCCGCUCUAGGAGUACUGGAAAACCUGCUGGUGCUCAUAGCAGUGGGGAGGAAUAAGAAUCUGCAUUCACCCAUGUAUAUUUUCAUUUGCAGCUUAGCUGUUUCAGACAUGCUGGGGAGUUUGUACAAGACUCUGGAGAACAUCCUCUUCAUCAUCUUCUGCAAGAUGAGAUACCUAACAUGUCAGGGAGCCUUGGAAAAAACAAUGGAUGAUAUUUUAGAUUUCAUGUUUAUUCUAUCUUUACUGGGUUCCAUUUUCAGUCUGUCGGCCAUUGCAGCUGAUAGAUAUAUAACCAUCUUCUAUGCACUGCGGUACCAUAACAUCAUGACAAUGAAGCGUACUUUAGUGAUAUUGGUGGUCAUUUGGGCAUUCUGUGCUGGGAGUGGCAUCGCAGUGGUCAUUUUCUCCCAUGAAACAGCUACUGUUGUGUCCUUCUCUGUCUUCUUGUGUUUCAUGCUCAUUUUUAUCCUCAGCCUCUAUAUCCAUAUGUUCCUGCUUGCACGCUCUCAUGCCAAAAAGAUUGCUUUGCAGCCUACCAGCUCGGUUCACCAGAGAGCUAACAUGAAAGGAGUCAUUACCUUAACUGUCUUACUUGGGGUUUUUCUCUGCUGCUGGGCCCCUUUUGUCCUUCAUAUGCUUCUGAUGGCGUUUUGCCCACAAAACCCUUAUUGCAUUUGCUAUGGGUCCAUUUUUCACGUGAAUGGUAUACUGAUCAUGUGCAAUGCUGUGAUUGACCCCAUGAUUUAUGCAUUUCGAAGUCCAGAGCUGAGAAGUACAUUUAAGAGAUUGUUCUGCUGCAGGAAGCCAAGCUGGACUUAGCCACUGGAACUUCAAAAACAGAAUGCAGAGCCACCACAA